AUGACAGCACCUGAAUUUCUUAACAAGCCAAAGUAUGACUUUGGUUUGUUCAAGUAUGAUCUUCUUGCUGGUAUCACCAUCGACACCCUUGCAAUACCACAAGGCAUCAGCUAUGCUAACUUGGCUAGACUUCCUCCCAUUAUUGGCCUUUACUCAAGCUUUGUGCCUCCUCUUAUCUAUGCUGUUUUUAGAAGUUCAAAAAAUCUAGCAGUAGGAAGAGUUUCAGCUUGUUCAUUAUUCAUAGCAGAAACAAUUGAAGAAAAAGUAUCUCCCACUGAAGAUCUCAAAUUGUAUCCAAGUGUUGUUUAUACAACCACUUUUAUCUCUGGUUUGCUUCAGACAGCAAUGGGACUAUUAAGGAAGGGAUUGGUUGGAAGAAGUUUUGGCCUUUCAAAAAAUGAACAAAUUGACGGUAACAAGGAGAUGAUAGCCCUUGGCCUCAUGAACAUUGUUGCAUCUUUCACGUCGUGCUACUUGACCACUGGGCCAUUUUCAAAAACUACUGUAAAUUUCAAGGCUGGAUGCAAAACAGCAAUGUCAAAUGUAGUAAUGUCACUGUGUAUGCUGCUGGUUGCUCUUUCGGCCAUUUUCAUGUCAGCAAUGCUUGGGCUUAUCGAGCAUGGAAACCGGACUCGUGAUUUCAGCAAGAAAUAG